GCUGAUCAGUGCUCACUGCUGAGCAACUUCGCGCAUUCAGUCUUCUUGUUUUGGAUUUUCAACAAAGUGUGGUGAGAGAUUUUUCCCAUAAUUGGAUUAUCACGAACUACUGUGGUUUCGGCUGACAAUGGUUGACUGGAGUCCGAUUGCGAAAGUGUACGACCCGCUGAAAGCUGGAAGCAUCGAUGGAACCGAUGUGGAGCCUCACGACCGAGCCGUGUGGAGGGCGAUGUGUGCUCGAUACAAACCCAACAAAGGUGUCGUUGGAGACCCGCUGCUGACUCUGUUUGUGGCCCGAUUGAACCCUCUGACCACCGAAGAGAAACUUCACCAAACCUUCUCCAAGUACGGUGAUAUAAAGCGACUCAGACUGGUUCGGGACGUCGUCACUGGCUUUUCCAAACGCUAUGCCUUCAUUGAGUACAAAGAGGAGCGGGCGGUGGUCCGAGCGCGCCGGGAUGCCAACAAGUUGGUGGUGGACCAGCAGGAGGUGUUUGUGGAUUUUGAGCAGGAGAGGACACUGAAAGGGUGGGUGCCCAGGCGACUUGGUGGAGGCCAAGGAGGGAAGAAGGAGUCGGGGCAGCUCCGAUUCGGGGGAAGAGACAGACCCUUCCGGAAACCCAUAAAUCUCGGGCCAGGCCCAAUGCAAGACCGGGGUGGGGGUGAUUGGAGAGAGAGGGAUCGAUCUGGAGGUCGGGAUCGGGACAGUAGGAACUGGUCCAGGGAGUCCGAGAGGAACAGCAGAGGAAGGAGAGACGAUGACAGGAGCAGAGAGAGGGAUGAGCGCAGAUAUGAUGAGCGCAGCAGAUACCGGGACCGACGACGAUGAUGCUGCUGAUAUAUUCAUCAUCACUGAGACACUUUACGUAUUUGUUCAUAACAGGCAUCUACAAAUAUACCUGUGUGUUUUCCAUAUGCCAAAAACAAUUGGGUCAAAUCAGCAGGUUCCAGUUGAUUUUAGUGAUGAUUUUAAGAGUAUGUUUUGCACAAUUCUCAUGUGUGAAUGAGAUGCUAUAAAGACUCGCCUUUUUUAUCCUGUGGAUUGAUCCGUUUUUUUCUGUUGAACUCAAGGCCUAUUAUAUUAAAAAUCUAUGAGUGUUACUUUUGUAAUUUCAAAGCAAAUGCGUCUUUAAAUUAACAAACAUUCUACACCAGUCAUUCAUCCUACACAGCACUCCACACUUCUGAACAGUUUUUCAUAGUUAAAUUUAAUGUGUGAGGGAAAAAACAACACAAGAAGUGCAACAUCACGCAUAGAUUUAUGUAUGUUGAAGGGGCAAAUUCAUGUAGUGUUGAUGGUUAUAUGAUGCAUUUCAUCUCGCAUCUCAUUCCCUUUGUCUCAUAUAGUAACAUUCUUCCUUGGGCAAGCACAUACCAGUUGACAUUAAAUUAUCUUUCCACCGAUGCUCCUUGCUCCCUCUUUCUCCCAGAGUGGUCGGUAGGUCUCUCUCUGGACUGUGCUGAACUCAAAUCUGUUAUUUAAGAUGAUGCCAUAGAGUCGAUAAAGCAGCCUCCCACGUGAUAAUCUCC